GGCUAGGGUGAGAGGCACCCCCAUCACGCGCGCGCGCACACACGUUGCGGGCGCACGCACACACGGGCGGACACACUCAUAGACACACACACAGCUCGCUCGCCUCGAGCGCACUAACGUGGCGGUUCUCUUUGUGUGGAGCCCUAGAGGGGGGUUGGGAGCCCCCGGUCCGGUCCCGGGGAGAUGGCGCAGCCCAUCCUGGGCCACGGGACCCUGCAGCCCGCCCCGGCCUCCGGCCUGGCGUCUCUGGAGCUCGACUCGUCGCUGGACCAGUAUGUGCAGAUCCGCAUCUUCAAGAUCAUCGUGAUUGGGGACUCCAACGUGGGAAAGACCUGCUUGACCUUCCGCUUCUGUGGGGGGACCUUCCCGGACAAGACUGAAGCCACCAUUGGCGUGGACUUCAGGGAGAAGACGGUGGAGAUCGAGGGCGAGAAGAUCAAGGUUCAGGUUUGGGACACAGCUGGGCAGGAGCGCUUCCGCAAAAGCAUGGUUGAACAUUACUACCGUAAUGUGCACGCAGUGGUCUUCGUCUAUGAUGUCACCAAAAUGGCCUCCUUCACCAACCUCAAAAUGUGGAUCCAAGAAUGCAACGGCCAUGCUGUGCCCCCACUCGUCCCCAAAGUGCUUGUGGGUAACAAGUGUGACUUGAGGGAGCAGAUCCAGGUACCCUCCAACUUAGCACUGAAAUUUGCAGACGCCCACAACAUGCUCUUGUUUGAAACAUCGGCCAAGGACCCCAAAGAGAGCCAGAACGUGGAGUCAAUUUUCAUGUGUUUGGCUUGCCGAUUGAAGGCUCAGAAAUCCCUGCUCUAUCGUGAUGCUGAUCGGCAGCAGGGGAAGGUGCAGAAACUGGAGUUCCCACAGGAAGCUAACAGUAAAACUUCCUGUCCUUGUUGAAGCCAAAUGGUGGAAACACAAGAUCAGUUAUCACUGGAGUUCCCCCCCCCUUUUCUCUGUGCCUGCAUAAUGCUGACACCUGCUUGUUUCCAUACAAAUUGAUAUUAAAAUAAAAUUUGUAUAGAUUA